UUUGCACAUUGUAUAUAUUCGAGGUAUAUCUUCGCACACAUUCACACCAGCAGUAGUUGCCCCAGGAUGGUCCGGGCUACAUCCCACAUAGAGUACCUUAGCUAAGAGUGAAGAACACCACUGAUACUGAUCAUUCAUUCAACAUACUAAAAGAAGCAGCAGGUCGCCUGCAUUAUUUGCAGCAGAGGACAGAGCUAUGUGAUUGGAACCGUGUAGAAGCAAGUGAUCAACACUGUCCUAAGAUGAAUAUUUCAGGAAGCAGUUGUGGAAGUCCAAGCUCCGCUGAGAGUCUUGCUCCUGGUGACUUAUUUAAGGAACUGUGGACAAAGCUGAAAGACUGUCAUGACAAAGAGCUGCAAGAGCUUCUAAUGAAAAUUAACAAGUUGAAGACACAAAGAUGUUUGGAUGCUCAGAGACUUGAAGAGUUUUACACUAAAAACCAACAGCUAAGGGAGCAGCAGAAGGCACUCCAUGACACUAUCAAAGUCCUUGAAGACCGGUUACGGGCUGGGCUUUGUGACCGGUGUGCAGUAACAGAGGAGCACAUGCGGAAGAAGCAACUGGAAUUUGAAAAUAUCAGACAACAGAACCUAAAACUUAUCACAGAACUUAUGGAUGAGAAGAACACACUGCAGGAUGAGAACAAGAGGCUUUCCGAGCAACUUAAGCACUUGCAGAAGGCGGCUCAGUCAAUGAAAAAGAUGCCUGAAGAGGUUGUAGAAGGCGAUGUUGAUGAUGGCAUUAUCCCUGAUUCACCAGUCAAUUCCUUUCCUCUAAAUGUGGUCAGCAGGAUGCGCAGGAAAAAGUCAAACAAACAUGUGCGGUAUACAGAGCACUCCCAGGAUGAAUCCAGUACAUCAGAAUGUGCAAAUGGCUCUGGAGCAAGAAUAUUUGCAUCGACACAAGUAAAUACAGGAAAACGAGAGGCCAUCUUGGUUGCUGACACCUGUGCAUUAGAGUUAUCCCCUCUUCCUACAAAGCAGGAAGGGGGUGAUUGCACCACUGAGAAGCCAGUCUUUAAUUUAGCUGCUGUGGUAGCUGAAACCCUUGGCCUUGAAGCUCCUGUUGAAGAAUCUCAAUCCCAGAGUGUACUGACCAAUGCAGGGGUUGUUCAAGCACUUGCUAAGCACGAAGAGCACUCUCCAAGACUCAGUGAGUCAGAAUUUGCAGACAAUAUGCAGAGUGAUCUCCAUGAACUGGAAUGGGACACACAGCGGGUUUCUCCAGUGUUUGGGAUGGCCACUUCCAAAAUUGAAACCACUGGCAAAACAGAUAGUAGCACUUCUCUCCGGCCUAUUGGAGUCGGCAUAAAGUCCUCCUAUUCUAACAGGUCUUCUGUUCACGUACUGUCAAAGGCUGAAGAGGCUUCCCUGGUGACAGCACUGCGCCACAGGACAGAAAAAAACUCUGUAAUUAGCCAAUGCUUAGGUAGUAAACAGGACCGGAACCCAAGUGACUCUGUAAUUAGUGGGGUGAACACAAAUGACCACGUGGACCGUGAGAUCUAUAAGCAAACCACAAGCAGAGGUGGCAAGCGGAAAAAGGGAGAAAGUGAAGGAGAAGCAAACUGUGAAAUUGCAUCUGUUAAUAAAGAGAAUGAUUUUCCCUUAAAAAAUGACAAUGGCAUUGGAGAUAUUUCUCUUGACAAGCCCCUGGAUCUUUCAGAUAGGUUCUCAGGAUUUUGCCCUCAUGGCAAAGGGCAAGAAAAUCCUAGAAGUAAAAUGAAGCAACCUACCAUACAGGAAACCUUAAAAUCAGGUCCCAGGAGUAAGUCCUCUGUGGGGAGUUGUCAAUCCAGGGAGGAAUCCUCACAUCAAACAGCAGAUCAUAAAAAAGCAAGAAGGGGUGACUGCACUGAGCUCCGAGCACAAGAUAAUAGCCCACUCUUUGAAGAGAUGGAGGAAACUGGAGUCUAUAUUCCAAAGAGGCUAAAUAGAUCAAUGGUCAGAGGGUGCAAACACGCAUCCGUACUGCAGCCGAAUCCUCACAUUCUACAACCCGGAGACACGGAGAAAGACAUCGCUUCUGUAGAGAAUGUUCAGUGGAGCAUUGACCCCGGAGCAGACCUUUCUCAGUAUAAACUGGACAACACUGUUGUAGAUGACAAGGAUGGGUUCCACGUCAAUCCAGAGUUUGAAGACAUGGAUUACACCUAUGUCAGCGAAAGUAUGCUGUUAAAAGCAAAACAGGAGAAAGCAGAUGACAGUCCAUAUGAGGAAAAUAAAGGACACGACAGUUUUGCAGAAAUGUUUGACAAGACUGAAUGUGAUCAGUAUGUGUCAUUUGCCCGAGAACAAAGCCCUUCGCAGAGAUUGGACUUUGAGGAAGAAGCUGAUGGACCUGCUCUGUGCAAGAAAGUAUCCCUAAAUGGAAGAGGUCACCAAGGAAAAGGAGAAGCUUACCAGAAGCAGAAGGCAUACGUAGAGCCCUAUGUACAGGACGCCGAAAUGAAAAAGUCUGUACUGGAUUUCCCCCAUAUUGAGGUUGUGCGAAACAAGGAAGAGAGGAGGAAAUUGCUGGGGCACACUUGUAAAGAAUGUGAAUUGUACUAUGCAGACCUUCCAGAAGAAGAGAGAGCCAAAAAAUUGGCAGCCUGCUCCAGGCACAGAUUCCGUUACAUCCCACCUAGUACUCCAGAAAACUUCUGGGAGGUGGGCUUUCCUUCUACCCAGACUUGCAAAGAAAGAGGUUACCUAAAAGAGCAGAUGUCCCCUUGUCAGAGACCACGGAGAAGACAACCAUACAAUGCAAUUUUUUCCACAAAAGGCAAGGAACAGAAGACUUAGUUAACUCACAUUACUUUUUCUUUAAAUGUGUAGUCUCAGACUAAAGCCGUCAAGCAUGUUUUUUAUACUUGGUUUUUAGCGCUUACUAGGCACAGGCAAAUAAGGCAGUAUAUGUUUAACUGAUAUUUACACCUAAGUGCCUGAGUAGCUGUAAACCUAUUAAAGCCUGGAUACUGUACGUGCUGCAGUGCACUGGAUGGUCUAUGUGAAAUUUAGAUAUAAAGCUUCACUACUGUUAUGUCAUCCAGUUCCUGCUAAGCACACUAUUUGAUGGUGCAAAAAUUAUAUAUGGUUUAAAAAGGACCUGUCACCACAAAAUGCAGUGCAGACUGCAGGCAGCAUGUCGUACAGCAGGAGGAGCUGAGCAGAUUGAUGUAUAGUAUUGUGGAAAAUUAUUCAGUAAGACUUGUAAUUUAUAUGUUUAACCCGUUAGUGACCACUAAUAUGCUUUUUUUUUUACAGCAGUCACUAAUGGGCCAAAGGCUAGGCCGCCGCCUUUUUACAGCAGCCUACACGAAGUGCUGCAUGGGCUUACCUUUCACAUGAGUCCGUCUUCAGCUGUAAUGGCCUGGACUGGCAAAAGCACCGAUCCGGGCCGCAUAAUCUCAAUUGCAACUUCAGAAUCAAAGGGAACUCCCCUCUGUCUCCCAUCAGCACCCUGUGAAUAAGAUUGUGGGGUGCCGAUGUCUUUGCGUGGUAGCCUGGGGCCUAAUGAAGCCUCAGGCCUGCCUGCAGUGUAUGCCUAUCAGGCUGCUCCUCUACUGGUGCUUGACAGUAUAGUACGCUGUAUUGCAUAAGCUUAUAAGUAGUCAAAAGAUCCAACAAAUAAUAGUAAAAGUCCAGCUCGCCUGCAUCAGCAGUUUCAAGAGUGCACGGAUGGGAUGAGACCCAAGCAUAUGAACUUGAACGGAAAGAAAGGAAAAUCCAGCACCUUGUUUUUCUUGCUUGACGGUGUUUAUUCCACAAACCAAGUGUA